AUGAUAUAAAAACAAUUCGAAAAUUCGACUAUUGAACAAAAAAUCUUUAUUUUUGCAAAAAUUUAUCCUGAAGCUUCAAGUCUUGUUAAAGAUUAAUUUGGAAAUUAUGUGAUUUAAAAAUUUUUUGAAAAAGGAACAAAUGAAUAAAAGGUUUAACUAUAUUAACUUUUAAAAGGACAAGUUUAAGAUUUAUCUUUACAUACUUAUGGAUGUAGAGUCAUUUAGAAGGCUUUGGAAGAAUUGAAAGAUUAUCCUAUUUUGCAAGAAGCGAUUAUUUAAGAAUUAAAUGAUACAAUAAUGGAUUGUAUUUAAGAUUAACAUGGAAACCAUGUUAUUUAAAAAUGCUUUGAAGUAAUUAAUUGUUCUAAAUUACAAGUUAUAAUAAGAGAAGUUAUUACAAAUAUAAGAUAAUUAGCAUUUCAUCCAUAUGGAUGUAGAGUAAUAUAAAGAAUUUUAGAAUUUUGCAAAACAAAAGAAACUGAUUUAAUAUAUAAAAAAUUAAUGGAAAAUCUUAUCGAUUUAUGCAAGUGCUAAUAUGGAAAUUAUAUUAUUUAAUAUAUUAUAGAAAAAGGAAAUAAUGAAAACAAAUAAAACAUCUUAAAAGUUAUUAAAUAAUAUUUUGUCUCUCUUUCUUUAAAUAAGUUUGCUUCUAAUGUUACUGAGAAAUCUAUUCUUUAUUCAGAUGAUAAAUAUAAACAUGGAGUUUUAGAAGUUUUAUUAAGUCAAUAUUGUGUUGAUAAUUAAGAGUAUUUUUUAUUUUAAAUUUAAUUUAUUUUAUAUUUAAUAUAAGUACUGGAAUUAUCAAAUUAACUAAAAAUGCUUUUGGAAAUUAUGUUGUUUAAAGAUUUUAUGAAAAGGCGAAUUUCGAUAUAAAGUUAAAAUUAUGUGAAUACUUAUUGUAAAAGGAAGAUAUUUAUAAAGAUAUUAUUUCAAAUAGCUACGGAAAACAUGUGUUAACUUAUAUUGAAAAAAAUAGAGUUGACAAUCUAAGACAAAAUUAGUAAUUUUUAAUUUAAAAUAAAUAAAGUAAUAAUAAGAAAAAAUAUUGAAUUUUAAAAAGUGUAAAUACACACAUUUUUAUGUAUUAAUAAAAUUUGUUUAUAUGAC